AUGCACGUCCAAUCGAUUCCCAUGUGGGAGGGGACGGGGAACAACUACGCAUACCUCGUAACGGACGACAAGUCGAGAGAAUCCGUCAUCAUUGACCCCGCACACCCGCCGGAAGUGCUACCCGUGCUCAAGCAGAAGACCGAAAGCGGGGAUAUCAAGCUCACGAAUAUCAUCAACACGCACCACCACCAUGACCACGCCGGCGGGAACGAAGAAAUCCUCAAGCACUUCCCCGUCCCCAUAAUCGGCGGCAAGGACUGCAAGCGCGUCACCACGACGCCCCCGCACAACUCGACCUUCACCAUCGGCGCCAUCAAAGUCACCGCCCUGCACACCCCCUGCCACACGCAGGACAGCAUCUGCUACUUCAUGGAAGACGGACCCCAACGCGCUGUCUUCACGGGCGACACCCUCUUCAUCGGCGGCUGCGGGCGCUUCUUCGAGGGCAACGCCAGCGAGAUGCAUCGCGCGUUGAAUGAAGUCCUUGCGGGCCUGCCGGACGAUACAAAGGUGUACCCGGGACACGAGUAUACGAAGGGGAAUGUCAAGUUUGCGAAAACGGUGGUGGGAGAAGGGGACGAUGAGGCGGUGCGGAGACUGGAUAGGUAUAGUCUGGAGAAUAAGGAGACGCAGGGGAAGUUUACCAUUGGGGACGAGAAGAAACAUAACGUCUUCAUGAGGGUCAACGAUCCGGCGAUUCAGAAGGUGGUGGGGCUCAGCGAUCCCGUCGAGGUCAUGGGCGCGCUGAGGCGGAUGAAGGAUAAUUCGUAGGGUAGUGAUGAAGGGGUGCGGAAUCUGAGCAAUAUAGUCCAUCUACUUGAUUGCAUUGAAGCAAAUGCUUCACCUUGAGCGCCUUCCGGUUCAUCCACAUGAUCUUUCGAG